AAAGCCGGUUAUUUGAAUGAGCUAGAGAAAAUGCUAGAAAAGGCUUUACCAAGAGCAAUGUUGAAGGCAAGACCAAAUAUUGAAUCUCGGAUUAGGUGCCUAAAAAGGGAAUGGUCAGUCGUCUACGACAUGCUUAAUGGUCAGAACAACAGCGGUUUUGGUUGGGACGAGCAUAGGCAGCUCGUUGUUGCUGAAGAUGCAGUUUGGGAAUCCUAUGUUAAGAGUCACAAAGAAGCCUCUCAGUUCAGACAUCGUUCUUUCCCUUACUACAACCAGCUUACUGCCAUAUACGCAAGAGAUCGGGCGACUGGGAAAGACGCUCAAACAGCUGCUGAUGUUCUUGAAGAAAUACAUGCUGAGGAUGAACGCUUACUGAGAUAUGAAUGA